CCAGUCUCUAGAAGUUUUAAACAUGAUACCUUUGAAAACCACUCAACGAGUGCUAAUGUGGCUUUGCAUAGUUUCAUUUGAUAAUAAGUUUAGUAUGAAGGCGAAAAUACGUUCUAUUGCCUUGAGUUUUGCAGUUGGUGGAAUGAUUUUCGCUCAGUUGGUAGCAAGUGCGACAUUCUUUUUGAAAUUUCAUUCGACAGAUUUAGAAAGUUCAUUGUACGCAGUUUACCAAAUAUUCGCAUGGAUGCCAAUUUUGUAUAUUUUUGCAAUUGCACUCCUUUCACGGCGUAAAAUCACCGCCGUCCUAGCUGAAAUGACGAACAUCUACGAUACAAUUACCAAUGCAGAAGCAUUUCAAUUCAUCAAAUUGGCGAACGAUAAAAGUGAAUGGCUUUGGAAAUUGUACUUCAAGUACGCGAUGGGGUAUAAUGCCGUCGGCGCUGCAGUUGUUGGUAGUGUUUUAUCAACUGUGAUGUGUUUGAUAUUUCGCAAACGCUUUCAACGAGAUAUUCUGUAUUUGCAAUUCAAAUUGAUAUUGCCAUGGAACCAAUACACGCCACUGGGUUACGUCGGUGAAACAAUUUUCAGUGUUUUAACUUGUGAAGCAUAUUUAAUUGUGAACGGAGCAAUUAUGUUCUUAUUCAUAUCGUUGGCCGUGCAUCACGAGGCGUUUUACAAAAUAUUCCGGCUUUCAGUACGCAAGAUGGGACAAUCACAGAAAGAAUGCCGUGAUAAAGAAAAUCUUCGGAAUUUAAUCAUUUUUCAUAACAUGGCCAAAAGUUGGUUUUUCGAAUCGGCUGCUGUUUAUAGUUUGCUUGUUAUGAUUCUGCUCAUUUGUGCAAUGCUUGCAUUGUCUUGUUUGUUGUUCCAAAUAGACAUGGAAUUCAAACAUCCAGAUCUAUCUCUACCGUUCCUUGUAUUAGCGGCUGUAGUGAAUAUUUCGAAUCUUUUCGUUUACUGCUACUUUGGCAAAUUGGCUAGUGUGAGCUAUGAAAAAAUGGCUCAUUGUUUAUACGAAUCGAAUUGGCAACGAUUGUCGACACAUUUACAAAAGUAUAUUGUACUCAUGAUGGGAAAUAUGCAUCGACCCUUGUUUUAUCACGGCUUCGAUGUGUUUAUUUUGAACUUGAGCACCUUUUCAAAGUUGCUGAAGACGAUUAUAACUUAUUACAUGAUGUUGAAAACAGUCACGUCCAACUGAUUCUCAGGAAUCAAUGUGUCAAACAGUCGCUUCGAUUGUGUUAUAUGAGUGCAUGAUU